AUGUCCGGCCCACGGAAUCGCAAGAUUGGAAGAAAGGGGUAUGCAAAGAUUAGACGGUAUUGUUUGGAACCAUACCUUCGAUCCAUAUUCGCCCCUGAAGCCCCCAUCAGAAAGUCCGUCGCCCCAAUCAUGGUAUUUCUACGACCUGACUACUCUAGGGAUCAGCAGCGCAGAUACGACAUUGAAAAUCACGAUAGUGAGCCUUCAUCAUCGAAAGGCCAGAAGAAACCAUUGCCGUCGAAGCCAAAUUCGCCUAGCAUACCGAAGUCUAGUUACACAAGCCAUACCUGGAGGCCGUUACCAGAGACGCCGGGCCCGGGCCAAAGACAGAAGCUUGUGUCUCAACCGACCGCGAAAAGUCGCAAGAUGUCGACAAUCAACAAGAAGAAUGUUUGGAGUAGCGUUGCAGUUGACAAAGACAGGUCGCAUAUCUCAGCGAUGACAAUGAAAGAGUUCGGCAUACGGAUCGCGCAAGGAACACUCGCGAUACUGUUCUUGGUGUUGACGUCUUUCUCCGCCUUCACGCUAAAUGCUGGCAAUUUAUCCGGAUUCAGCCUAUCAUUCUUCGUCUUCUCUCUAACAGUUACCUACUUCGUCCUUUACGGCGUCGCCGUCCUCGCGUAUCCCAUAAUCUACCACUGGAUCGCACAAAUAGUAUUUGAAGCAUUUCUGGUAGUGUUCUGGCUUGCCGCCUGGGCAACACUCGCCAGCUACGCCUCGGCCUUGAACCUGGGUGGCGCAGGGCGUACAUCCAGAGCAAGUCUCGGCACCAUGCCUGCCUCUGGGCUCGGUCGCAGGGGAGGACAGGAGUCACUAAGAGAAGCUAUCAUGAUGGCAAUAUCAGACAUGAAUCCUGCGUCGACGCUAGAACAGGUAUCAACUUCGUCAGUAGAGGCAGCAGAAACAAUUAUUGGCAUUUCAGCGGCUCUUGGAGCGGUGAUAUGGGUGCUGUUCAUAAUAACGAUGAUCAUGACCGAUAAUAUCCAUAUGCAAGAAUGA